AUGUCCUUGAUCGACUCCUCCUACGGCAAAACAAACGUUAAGUUCUUGAAAGUCAAGCGUGACAAGAAAAACCCCCAGAUCCAGGAGGUCUUGCAGGCCAACUGCCAGGUGCUCUUGAGAGGUAACUUUGACAUUUCUUACACCGAGGCCGACAACGCUCCCAUCGUUCCAACUGACACGGUGAAGAACACCAUUCUCAUCGAGGCCAAGAACACCGAGGUCUGGCCCAUCGAGAGAUUCGCUGCUCACCUUGCAAAGCACUUCACCACAAAGUACAACCACGUUUCAGGUGUUGAGGUGACCAUUGUCCAGGACCUCUGGAAGAAGUACGAAGUCAACGGCAAGUUGCACGACCACUCGUUCCGCCACGAGGGCUUCGAGACCCGCAGAACCUUCUUGACCUACGACAAGCCUUCCCAGAAGACCACCAUCAUUUCUGGUAUCAAGGACUUGAAGGUGUUGAAGUCGACCGGCUCCAUGUUCUACGGCUACCACGACUGUGACUACACGACUUUGAAGCCUACUGAGGACAGAAUGUUGUCUACUGACGUUGACGCUUCGUGGAAGUUUGAACUGCAAUUGGGCUCUCUCGAUGACACCAUGCAAAAGGCCAGAGACGGCAUGUUUGACAAUGUCUACAAUGCCGCCAGAAAGAUCACUUUGGACCGUUUUGCCUUGGAGAACUCUCCUUCGGUCCAGGCCACCAUGUACAACAUGUCGCAGGAGAUCUUGGACGCUGCUCCUGCUGUGGACUCUGUGUCCUAUUCCUUGCCCAACAACCACUUCAUCUUGUUCAACUUGGAGUGGAAGGGCAUCAGCAACGACGAUUUGUUCUACCCUUCUCCUGACCCUAGCGGCUUGAUCAAGUCGACUGUGGGACGUAAGGUCACCGCCAAGUUGUGA